AUGACUAACCAUCUUCAUGGGCCUUCACUCCUUCAGGCCCGUGAGUCCCAUUCUGUCGAUCCUUCGCCAUCAUUGGAAUCAACUUCACACGCUCGUUCUGCCACCCAUCUGCAGGCCCAUCGCCACGCCCACCACCCGCAUGCACAUGGCCAUACCCGCCACCGAGACGGCAGCGACGACAACCACAGCGACAGCGACCAACAACACCCAGCACCACUUAUUAAUACCGCUGCAUCGCCAGCACCAAACUCCGUCAGCGCCGAGUCCGAUCUAGACGACCGGGCAUCCAGCGAUUCUUCGUCGCUGGAAGCUCGUCCCCUCGCCGCCGCCGUGGACGCUGCUCUCGCUGCCCGCGCUGACGAUGCCGCUUCAUACGUCACCCAGGUCGUCCAGACCGUUUCUAUAGUCCAAGUAGUCGACUACUCUGGCUCGCCCAUUUCGACCUCUACCGAGUAUGCUACCCCGAAUACCGUCGUUGUCGACCCCAGCUCAGGCAAGACCAUUUCGCAAUCCGGUCCUGCCUUUACGAUUGCCGUGAACCCGAGCAGCCUUCUCCCUGGACUGGGAAGCGACUCAUCGUCCACGCCGUCUACUACCACGUCUACCCAUCACACGACCUCGACCUCGUUGCAGCCUAGCUCAGCUCCGAUUCCACCGUCGUCCGUCUCCGGCUUUCCCACCCUGUCGGAUACGAGCAACGGAACCGCUUGGGGCAAUGCGACUGCCUUUGCCAGUCCAUCUAAUUCGACAACUAGACCGACUACAUUUACCCAGUCGUCCAACUACAACAUUUCUACAACACUCUCCGACUUUCAUCUCCUCUCCACCUCGAGCUCAAGCGCGAGCUUAAGCUCGACCUUGACGGACACGGAUACGGACACUGACACGCUGGCUUGGUCGUCGUAUUCAUCCACUUACAGCUCAACCCCAACCUCGACGUGGAACUCUCCAACGGUCAUCCCCACGGUUGCCGGCAGCACUGAACCGUCUUCUACCGCUUCCACGUCUGGCAGCGAUCCGCUGACGACUCAGCAAAAGCAAAUUGUCGGAGGCGUAGUAGGAAGUAUCGCUGGUGUGGCCUUCAUCGCCCUGCUGGUCAUGCUUGCUCUUCGCUACAGGAAGAAGAAGGACAGGGGAUCGCUGCCCAGUAACAGGGACGCUCCUGGCUUCGCAGCUUUGCCCGCCUCGGGAAGCGAUGCGACCAACUCGACGGCUGAGCGUAACGGUGCUGCCUCAUCAGUCACUGCGGCGUUCGCGGCCUUGACCGGCAAACGCCAAUCGAGGGGCCCCGCCGCUGGAUCGUCCGACAUGUUGGAGGUGCCUUCCGGGGGCGAACGAGGCUUUUAUCGCGUGUCGGGCCGCAAGCUGCCCUCUGUUCUCUACACUGGCGGCGACGGAUACUCGGAUCCGCGUGAAAGCACGAUGAGCCAGCUGUCAAAUUCCUCGGAACCAUUCAACCGUGGCGAUCAGCAUUUUGCACUCGGCACUCCCAUGCGGCCGAUAAGCGGCGUGCCGAUCAUGCGAUCGGGACCUGCGCGCACGCCAGUGACGGAAGCGAACCCGUUUGCCGACCCUCUGCCGUCGCCGCCGUCGAUGGGGAAAAACGACUCGCCGCCCAGACGCCCUGGGUCUAGCGGCAGCGCGCGAGGAUCCAGCUCACGGUUUCAGGAGAGCAUAUGA